GAAAUGGGUGACAAGAAAAAGAAAGCUACAAUGUUCAUCCGACUCGUAUCAGCUGCUGGGACUGGAUUCUUCUACGUCAAACGAAAGCCAACCAAAAUAACAGAGAAGCUCGAGUUCCGAAAAUACGAUCCUCGGGUCAAUCGACAUGUCUUGUUUACAGAAGCGAAAAUGAAGUGAAAGAAGGGAGGAAGUAAAGACCAUCCUUUUAACUUGGACCUAUUCUUCUUCCAAAUGUUUAGACUCAUGUUUCACAUUGCUUGCUAGUCUCUCCCGUGGCUCAUCAAAGCAUGAUUUUUGUGCAUCAAAUUCUAUGGCUACGAAUCGUUUGCCCCUUGAUAUCUUCUAGUCAGCUCUCUCUACUCAUCUAUUAAGCUUCUAGCAACUUAGACUUUUGACUCUUAAUGGUUAAUAAAUUCCGAGUUUCGUGUCUA